AUGCUUUCAUACGUGCUUCUCGCCCUCUUCGCGCCGCUUAUCAACGCCCAACUUUCAGUCUCUGAGGACGGCAACUGUGGCGCCAGCUUCAGCCAGACCUGUCUAGGCUCCCGAUACGGCGACUGCUGCUCAGGCAAAGGCUUCUGCGGCUCCGACCCAGCCUACUGCGCCGCCGACUGCCAGUCCGCCUACGGCACCUGCACGUUCGGCAACUCCUCCGCCUCGAUCUCCAUCAAUGGCGACUGCGGUGCCACCGACCCGGAGCAGCAGAUCUGCACCAACUCAACGUUUGGCGACAGCUGCUCGAAGAACGGCUUCUGCGGCAGCGGCCCGGACUUCGCGGGUGAGGGAUGCCAGAAGGACUACGGGGUUUGCGAUGGUGUGGAACAGCCGAGCAUGACCAGCAGUAGCGUCUUAGUGCUUUCGACAUCGGCAGCGACAUCGGCAACAACAGGGACUUCGAGCACGCCAACACCGCCCGGAAUCGGAACAGCAGCUUUGGACUCAUCUCCUUCCUCCAACGCAACCGCGCCCGCAGCAUCCAGCACCCCAACGCCAGAACCAGCCGCCGCCCCAAUGUCCACGGGCGCGAAAGCGGGCAUCGCAGUCGGUGCCGUCGCGAUCGCAGGGCUUCUGACUUCCGCCAUAUUCUUCCUAAUGCGACGCCGCCGGCAGCAGCAAGCGCAACAAGCACAGCUCAAGUCAGCGGACGGUCCUGACAAUACCAGCCCUCAUGACCACCACGCAACCAAACCAUCCAUGUCCGACGUGUCUAGCCCGACGCUGACCAUGACGACGAACACCACAGCCGUACCGCCAUACGGCCUGCAGCCGGGCUACUAUAACGACAAGACUGCUGGUGGUGCCGUCGCGGAACUGCCACAGUAUACCGACCGACGAGCGGAAAUGCGUAGCGGACCAGCUACACCGCUUGGCUUUGGGCAACAGCCCGUCGAGAAGGAGGCAAGCAGCGUGAGGGUGGGUGCAGUCAGCGAAUUACCUGGGCAGAGGUGGUCAAAGUAUAGUGACUGA